AAGGGGCAGAGGACCCUGGCAUUAGAGAUGCCUGGGUGGGCGGGAGGGCCUUAGGAGCUCCGGGACUUGGCCUGUCCAGCAGGCUUCCAGGGAGCAGUGGUGGAAACCCAUAAAGAGAGGUCCCUUGGCCAGUGUCCCGCCCAGGGCUCCAGCAGUCUGUCUUGGAAAGGUCCCCUCUGGGAAACGUCCCAGGAGCCUGCAGUGCUGCCUCUGCUCCGAGGGUGACCUGCUCCCAGGGUGACCUGUGCCAGAAGCGCCUGAGGCCACGUGGGUGUCAGAACUGUGAGCUGACUGUGGGUUUCCUGGGCUUUCUGCUCCCAAGUUCUCUGUCCAGGCGUCAUCUGUUUUUAUCUGUGAGUUUCCAGAAAGCUCCAUGUUGUGGUUCUGUGGCGGGCGUAGCCCUGGGUCGUCGGGAGCUGGAGGGCUGCUGCAGGAUCCGCUGGUGUUCACAGAGGGUUAAGGCAAGCGUGAGCUCAUGGCUGCAGGUGUAGACGACAAGGGAGAAGGCUGGUGGGAGCCUGUGGCUGCAGGCGUGAGCCCCAUGGUGGCAGGUGCAGGUGACUGGACCUUGGGUACAUUCCUGCCAGCUGUCUUCCAAGCCAGACAGAGGGUCCUGCUUGAGAACCUGGACCCUCCCACCUACUAGACGCCCUUGUGGCCAGCUGUUCCACUGGGGGGAACAUCUUAAGUCUUAAUUUUGGGCACCCAGGAGCUUGAGCCCAGCUCCCCAGGGGCUCAUGCCCUGCCACUCCUGCUUCUGUGUGUGUGUGUGGAUGCAAACAUCUUAGGGAUGUAGACGCAGGGUGGAGGUCCUGGUCGCUUGGCGGGCCCAGGUCUACCUCUCCAAGGCUGCUCUGUGUUCCCCAGCCGCUGCACAUGCCGACAUGCCCGCUGGCCUCAGAGCCCUCCACCUCCUUGCCCAGCACCUGUCACCGUCCCCUCUCGUGCGAUUGGAGCCGUGCAUGUGGACAUCCGACACAUCUUGUAGCCUCCGUGGGCCUUUCCCCAGUGGCGGCUUUCUCUGUGCUGUCGUGGCAUUGGCUCCCUCCUCUGGUGGGAUGUGUGUGCCAACCUUGGCACUCGUUGUGACAGGAGGAACGGUGGCUCUGUCUAGCCUGGUUGUGAGACGGCACUCCUGGUAUGCUAACGCAGUUUAGUUCUGGCCACUUGCCAGCUGCCCGUUUCUUUGCUGGUCUGUGCCUUUGUGUUUCCUAAGCAUCGGUAGUUUCCAGCUUUGCAUUGAUGUCUGUUUUCCAGGACGAGGGGCUGGACCCCUGUAUGUCUAGUGUUCUCCGGCCGCCUCCCACUUUGGUGCGAGUUCUGUCACUGUGUGACAAGCCCAGUUCCCCACCCCCGCCCCGCCCCAGUCCCGGGACAUCACAGUGAGAGGCAGACGGCACAGGUUGCCGAUCGCUCUGAGUGAGGUUCUGUGAGUGGUCUGGUUGGCACAGGGGGCAGUCACCUACCUCCAGCGGACUCAGCAGAGAGCAGCACAGGCAAGCCAGGGCUGUUAGGCACCGUGGUCCACCCAGGACAGAGGAAUGGUCUCUGCUGUUUGCCAGGUGUCUCCCUGCCUCAGUUCCCCCAUCUGUACAGUUGCGGGUGAUGGUAGCUGUGUGACCUCACAGGGUUACUGUGAUGCUGGUGCCUUGGAGGGCUUGGGGAGCAGCCUGUGCAGCUCGCCUGGGCCAUGGUAAGGACACAGAACUACAACACGUAGGUCAUCCCUGUAGAAGAGAAGGGCAGGGCAGUGACAGGUGCCUGAUGUGGGCCCACGUUCAUGUAUACAUAGACACGCAUGCAGAAACAGAUGCUCACGUGCCGUGACAUACACUGACAUGCAUGCACAGCUCACGUGCCGUGUGCACGCACAGACACGCACAGAUGCUCACAUGCCGUGUGCACACACUGACAUGCAUGCACAGCUCACGUGCUGUGUGCACACACAGACACACAUGCAGACAGAGAUAGGCACAUCCUUUAGGUAGUUCCCUCCCGCUGCCUGAGAUCUGCCUCCAGGUGCUGCUCUUCUGCAGCUCCCUUGCCCAGCAUCCUUGGGUGGGAUUCUCAGGGCCGGCAGUGUCCAGGGGCUGUACUGUGUGUCGCAGGAUGCUGGCAGGAUCUCUGCCCCCACCACCCUGGAGCACCCCCUCUGCAGACCUCACCAGGAGGCUCCAGCAAGGCCUGUGCAGACUGUUCAAUAGCCACUGCCUGCUGGGUCCCCUUCAGGGGGAGGUGGAACAGACCCUGCAGGCGGGAUUCGGGCCGCACCGGAAGCCCGUGCGCCGUCAGGAUGCCCUGGGAAGCCUUGUCCGUCCUUCCAUCCCCACAGGUUUGCCGUGAGACAGUCUGGAUCCCUUGGGGCCCCCCGAAAGCUUCUGCUUCCAGCUGCUACCACCUGCCCCGGCCAACAGAGCUCGCACACAUGCAGAGAGACGGGGAGCAAGUUGCUCAGCCGAGCCCUGCCACCACCGAGCCCGUCCCAGACACUGACGCUGAUGCCUCGCUCUCGUGGCAGAAUCGCACGUUGCUGCCGGCCAGAGAAAAAGGUGCUGGGAUCCAGCAGCUGCAGCGCCUGGCCGAAGAGCUGAGGGUACUGUGGCAAGAUGUGGCGCCCCAGCAGGCCUGGGACCCAGAGUGGCUGCACUGGGCACAGCUGCCGGGCAGGGCGGGAGGGCCGAUGGAGGGAGAUGCAGGUGAUGCUGUCGAGUCAGUCUGGCGGGGAGCCCCGAGACCCCCGAGGGCCAAGAAACAUAAAGCCGACCUCAGAGAAGCCAAGCCCCCCAAGCCGCGGAGCUGGCACCCCAAGUCCCAGAAGAAAUCGCUGGGCUCAGAGAAGCUGCAAUGCCCCCCAUCCCCGGGCCUCCCAGAGAAGAAUAAAGGGAAGCGGGCGCCUGCAAACAGGAGCAGCAGCAGCCGCCGCUCGGGGGACCCCCGAGGGAGCAGAGGGCUGACCCGGGAGAGGCCGCACCUGGUCUUGACGCCUGUGGGUGAAUUUUGGCAUCAGGAAGAAGGGGAGAAAGGCCUGGCUCGCGAGGGUCGGAGGCAGCCGGGAAGGGGCUCCACUUGCCAGGAAAGCAGCUGCCAUGGUCCCAGUGCGGCUGCCAAGACCACGGAUGUCGCCCAGCUGGGCCCGGCCGACACCACCUGUGAGAGCGAGGCUGCUGCUGAGCCCCAGGCAUUGCCUUGCGGGCAUGGUGCCAAGAACAGGUGCCAGCGAGAGCUGCAGUGUGCCCUGGAGGCAUUGUCUCUGACAAACCAGAAGCUGAAAGAACACCUCAGUCUACACCUGGAGCCCAGGAGGCCCGAGGUGGACCAGGACCCCGGCAGUGCAGAGCAGGGCUUCUCAGAGCUGCCAGAGUCACCAGCCGGACAGGAAAGGACUGUCCCCACUGAAGCAGUGCCUGCCGGGGAGUCCUCGCCUGUGCUGUUCCAAACCAACAAGUCCCACCCGACAGCUAAGCCCGCAGCAGCCCAGGAUGAGAGUCAGACCUCGGCUCCCGGGGUGGACCCGGAGCCUGGCCCACCGGCCCUGCCAGCAGAUAACUGCGCUCACCUGCACCUUCCGGAACAGACGGACAGGGGCGGCUGGCCAGCUCUGAGGCAGAGGCUGAAGUCGGACACAGAGCAGAGGAGGCAGAAGGCAUUGCUGGGGCAAACCAAGCACCCAGACAUGAGCUUGGAAAUCCACUACAUGGCAGAGCUGGAGGAGGAGAGGCGGGAGCGGAGGCGGGCGCUGCUGGCACACCUCAAGUCCUCCCCCAGCUCGGCCUCGGCCAAGGAGAAAGAGCGCAGGGUCCCAUCCCCGCUGGACAGCAGCGUGCUGGACGAGGAGCUGCAGAGCCAGCUCAUCCGCGACUUGCAGCAGCAGAUCCUAGAGCAGAGCAAGCUGCACAAGCAGUUUCUUGAUCAAGCCAGGAAACGUUUGCAGGAGUUUCAGAAAGUGUGUUAGAGGGAGUCCCCCGUGACAAAUACACUGCCGGCUGCUGCCAUGCCGGGAGCGGCACCUGUGUGUCUGUGCGUGCUGUCCUCUUUAAGACCCCAAGGUCCUGUUGACACUGACCGUACCCCAAUACUUGCUCAGGGUGUCCCAUCCGGGAAGGCUUCCUGCAUGAAAGCGGGAACCCGAGUGGGGUCUGAGGGGAGGGUCCUGCCCGCGCACCCCACGGCUGAGUCCGUUUUCCUGUGCCCAGGGACCGGCUGCGUUCGGCCGAGAAGCCCCGCACGGAGGCGCGUGCAAGGUAGACGGGCACAGUGUCCAGAGAUAACAUCAUUUGUUGCUGAGCUGCUGGCCGAGCUGGGGGCUGAAGGAUGGAACUGAAACCGCUGAGCCGUUCAAACCAAAAAGCCAACACCCCCCCAGACACACACACAAAAUCUCUCUCUUUCCA